AAACAAUCGAACAUCACCGUUUACCAGUCGUGUACGGUAUCGCAUCGCGUAGAUCCAGGUUCGUUUGAAAAUUUACCGUGUCCUUGUAGUUCAUUUCCUAUAUUCCUUAUAUACGUUCAAUUUAUACGUUUUCGUGAAAUUCAUGCGAAUACGUAAAACGGUUCGCACGCUUCUAUUGCAAUAGAAAGUAUACGGUGUAAACGAAGAAACCUAACCAAAUCGUGCAAAAUUCUCGAGGAGUUUGGCAGGGAUCGCGAUCGUCUGAGCAGUCUGAAUUCGGUGUUUACGAGAUGAACGGGUUCGUGGAGGGUGCCACGUUCGAGAGUAUCGUGCAAUACGUGUUGAAGAACAUGAAGAUUACCCAAGCGCGCGCCGGCUACCUGGUAAUGGAGGUUCUGAAAGCGGGAGUCGCUCUAGGAAGGAUCAAGAAAACCCCGUAUGGCACUUACGUCCUGAUCAACGAUAAAUCUGCCGCCACGCCUAACAUCAAGGAACCGCGAUUCAGCGACGACAGCGACUACGACGUGUCGUCGGAAGGAAGCUCGUAACCCAAACUCUUCCUCUCAAAAAACCGA